AUGGACCUGACGACGGCAACAAAGAGCGCGUUGAAGGAGUCGAAGCAACUGCAGGUGGCCGUGCUCAGAGGCCAGCUUUACGAGCGCAGAGCAGCUCUACUCAACAAGGCAACGGACCGGCUGGGCUUGGUGCACUGGCAGAUCGAUACGAACAAGCUCACGGACAUCGCGGCUCUCCUCGAGCAUCUUCGCGUACUCGAUGGCUUUCUCCAAGGCACGUACGACGCUGCGAAGGAGCACCGUCGACAACUCUCUGGCCUCGAGCUCAUCCUCCAGUCUGGCGGUGGUGCGGCGCUUCGCGGGGUCGCACUCGGUCUCUCAGUACCCAUGCCCGAGCUUGUUCUCGAGCCUUCAUGUGGAGAGUGGACGCAGCUCCCAGCGCCGGCCGCGCACGACGAGGUGGUGUCGAAGCUAUACUUUGCCAGCGUCGACGCCGCGCUGUGCUUUGGGAGCACUGCUGUUGCAUGUGGUCUCACGUACGCUGCGCAACUUUUCUGCGCGUCUGGCGCCGCUGACGCAAUGGCGACGACGAGUGUGCUCGUCACAUACAAAAGCGCUCCGAUGAAGUCGCUGCGUUUGCGGCCAACGUCGCUGCGUCUCUCGCAACGAGCGCUGCACGCGGCCUCGAACGUCACGGACGACGCGUCGGCCGUCGCCUUUCUCAACAACUUUGGAUCGCACGUGCUGUGCGGCGACGUCCACUUUGGCGGAGUCUUGUGUCACAUCGUCGAGGUGUCGGUCGAGCAUGCGACGCCGAUCAGUGUUCUCCGAGCCGCUUGCGAUACCGCGGCCACCAAGUGCCUCUCGGUGCCGUAUAGCACCAUGCCUUAUGACGUCGGCGUCAACGUGUACACUGGUACACUGAGCUCGAAUGGCCGAGAGCAGCCAUGCGACAUCGUGGCGCGCCUUGAGACAACUGGCGUCCCCGCCGCGAGCUUCGCCAUCUAUUGCGCGCUCUUGACGGCCAACAACGACGUGUGGUCGAUGGUGGACCGUCCAGUCUCGUCGCCCGUCGCUGUGUGGGACCUCUUGGCCACGCAAGCCGGCAUGCACGACGCGGCGCACCUCGUGCGUGACGCCUGGAUCAAGCUCGCGCCGUCGCAUUCACGUCCAAUGGUGUCGGCUGCACUCUUGCGCGCCCGCAUCGAUGCGUGGUACGAUGUCCAUAGCGCGUACUCCCGGGCGCCGACGCUGGCCAACACCGCUGCCGCUACAAGCGCCACCAGCGUGAUCGCCGACGACUUGGAAGCCGCUGAUGACGCUGGCGAAAUGGCGCGCCUAUUUGCCUCACUUUUGGAGUACGACGCAGCCUUCAACCUCGACACUGCGGUGCCCUGCAUGCGUCGACCGGCCGUUCAAAAGCGGCUGUCCGACCUCGUUGGCCAACCGCUGCGACCGCUGGAUACGCUCUACGACCAGAUUCUCAAGACUCUCUUGGUGGAGGCAGUGCCACCAGUGCGCCUCGCGUGGGACGUGGAUGUCGAGCUGUCGCGGUCGGCGCUUAUGGCAGCCAUCGUCAGCGACAUCCAGGACACUGACGCCCUUGCGUGGAAGCCUCCGGCCAUGGCGACCGUCGACGUGCCCUACGCCCUCGAAGCGAUUGCAUCGACCUUAUUUGCGGCGCCGACCCCCGACACGCCUCGCGUGAUGGCACUCUGCCACAAACUCGUUGCUGCGAGCGGCUGCGACGCCUUUUGGAAAGUCGCAAUGAAGUACGGCUGGGAAUUGGAAGGCGGCUUUGCUUGCGAGCUCCAGGAGAACCAUGUGCGCGCUAUGGUCGGCGCGAUGCACGAGGCGUAUGUUGAUGACCCCGACGCGACUGACUCGGACGACGACGAACCGGUGCGUGCAUUCAAGAGCAGCAGUCUAUUGCCGUUGAGUGCCCCCACCGGCCGCACACUGCAAGACCUCUUGACCGCCGCGCCAAAGCCGAGCGAGGAUCUUCCAGCUCUCGUGUGGUUCGUCCUGAAGCACCGUCUCAGCUUUGACGAGGAGAUCUACGCCAGCAGCACGACAAAAGGAGCCAAGCGCACAGCACGCCAAGGUAGCAAGAAGUCCACCAAGAAGUUCUCCCAGAACCCUGUGGUUCUGGACGCUCUCGAGUCGUUCACGGCGCCGUUGACACCGGGCGCGCGUGCCGAGGUCUACCGCGCGCUUCUCGACCAGCAGUUUCUUGUUCCAUGCGUUUUGUCGACGGCCCGUGAUUUCCGGCGCCUAGUGAGCGGGCUGGAGCUCGUUGAGACCGCGACGACUGCCGGCGUCCGGUGCGUUGCCAAGGACACGACAGCGACCCGCGUCGCCGUCAUCUCGGGACGGCCGACGCGCUGCAGCGUAUCGCACAAGUGGAUCGAAAAGGUUUUCCACGUCAACUCGGCACACUGCCUCGAUCGCAGCCUUGGCAGCUGCUUUACAGAGCAUGCUACAGUCGCAGAGCUCGGCUGGGGCUUUGUCAAAUCCGCCUCGCCCAACUGCACCACGGUCAUGCUCCUCCACAUUGUCGGCGUCUGCAGCUCUCAGCUUUGUCGUUUCGUCGAGUCUUUCGCCGACGUCGUCGUGGUCGACGGGGUGGUUAGCUCUCUGCAGUCGCACCCGCGUGCAUUUCGCUGGCAAGAAGCAAGCGACGACGAAGUAGACUCGGAUUCAGACGCUGGCGACAACCCAGUGCUCCUCCGCUGCCCACUGCACUUGGUCUACAAGAAGAUCGCCGACCGCAUCUCAAGCAUCAACUCCGCACUCUCGUCUACGGUGCGGGUUCCCGUCGGCCAUCUGUCAUUUGGCACCGAAGACGUCGUUUUGAACACGUGCACGACCGUCGCGGACCAAGUGUUUGCAGCGACAGACUUUUCGACGUUGCGCUCGUCAACCCUGCGGCUGCAGACGCUCUUUGCAGAAGAGUCGACGCUCCAACUGCGCCUGCAGCGCCAGACGCUGGCGCCAGACCGUCAGCUGCUCCAGUGCAAGAUCGACAAACUGCAGCUGCGGUAUGUCGACCUCGUCGCCCCCGUUGCGGCGCAUGCACUCGUCCAGUACUUCGUCAAUGUACUGCAGCAGCCGAUGGUAGCGCAGCGAGAGAUGCUUUUCUUGGACCUCGAGUGCCGACUCAACCUCGAACGCCGACUCUUGAAAAGCAAGGGUGUCGAUGCGCGAGCAUCUGUGACCGGUGUCGAGCAUCUUUGGCGCGAGCUCUCGCAUCUUUUUACAAUCCACCCAAGCACGUUUGCGGAGCUGCCGUCGCUGGCAGCGCAGCACUUGGUGGACGGUUUUCCGCUGGAGCUCAUGGACGGCGAUGCGGCCAGCGUCAACACCAAUUGGAUCAAGGCGGUACUGCGCGCGCUCGGCGGCCUCCUUCCGCGCGGUGCCCGCGUCUUUGUGCUCUCGAUCUCGGGAAUUCAGUCGUCGGGCAAGUCGACGCUACUGAACUACAUGUUUGGCGUCCGCCUGCGCACGGACCUCGCGCAAUGCACGACUGGCAUCAACCUCCAGCUGCUCGCGUGCGAAGGCUGCCCGUCGUACGAGUAUGUGCUGCUGCUGGACACGGAAGGCCUCCAGUCGCCCGAGCGCAUCCGCUUGCCCGACCUUGUAUGGCGCGACAACCGCAUGGCGACGCUGUCGAUCUUGCCGGCGGACGCGGCCGUAGUGUUGACGAAAGGCGAGUCGACCAACACGACCAACGACGUCCUCUCGAUCGUGCACUCCGUCUUUGUCAACUCGGGCCUUGUGGAAGCGCACACGGGCCACGUCGCGACGAAGAUCUACUUUGCCUUUAGCCAGAUUGACGUUUCCGACACGACGAAGAUGGCGACAAGCAUCUCGGAGCUCCUCGAGAGCCUUAAGGAGAGAGCUGCGGACAUUCAGGAGCUCCGAGGUACCUCGCUGGCUUCCGAGACGGGACUCCUUCGCAACUUCAAGGUCGACAAGAACCAUGAGACGCAGAGCGAUGUGCGCUUUUUCGGCACGACGGAUGCGUCGAGCUCGCCGCUCAAGCCCAACGACUUUAGCAAGCGCGUAUUGCGCUUUCGCGACUAUAUCCAAGCACACGCGACCGAUGGAGACCGGAAGGUGCGCACGGUGGCCCAGAUCAUGGAUGACCUGGAUCUCGUCUGGCGCUGCAUUGGCAGUGCAAACUUUGAGUUGGACUUCAAGUCGGUCCACGAGCGCCUUGUCUACGACUCGCUCGUCAAGGGCAUGAACGACCACACGAGCAACCUGGCCGCAGCGUACGCGAUGGCGUUUGACAAGACGCUCGAGUUGAUGACCUCGUAUUGCGGCAGCAACUUGGAGAACCUGGCGCUCGAGUGCAGCACGUUCCAGAAGUUCAUGGAGGACAAAGUCAAAGACCAUGUGCUCGAGGAGAGCAAAGCGUUCAGAGCGGCCCUGUCGUUGCCCAAGUACGCCAAGUGGGCGUCCGAUAUGGAUCGUGCCUGGGGCCACUCCAAGGUCGCCCAUUUGAAGCACGCGCGCCGCCUCGUCCGCGCCAAGUAUGAUCAUCUCUUCCUCCACGAAACGCACGUCCAGCGCUACAAGGACGCGUUGCUCAAGCAGGUGUUGGCGCUCCGAGACGACCCGCAACGCACGGUGCGCGACUUCGACGAGCUCUUCCGCGGGUUUUUGGCAGACGUGCGCGCCAAGGACGCGCCACUUGCCGGUAAAGUCCGUCUGCUUACGAUGGAGGCGCUGCACACGAGCAACAUCUUUACGAUCGACGAGCUCAACAUGGUGCGAAGUCGCCUCGCCAACGUCGACCGGUACUCGCCCGGCGUUGUCACAGAAGUGGCUCGCGACCUCCAGAAGCAGUUGAGCCACAUGGCGCCAGCUGACAAGGCCGCAGGCCUCAGCAGCCUCAUCUCGACGCUCGGCUCGGAGCUCGCUGCGAUCCAAUCCAAAUGGGAUGAAAGCAACAGCAUCGUGGCGCGCGUUGCAGCUUGCGAGGGGGCGAUGCGGCAGUUUGCCAAAGACGUUUGCAACGGCUUGGAGGCCGCAGAUCUGCUCGUGCGCACGCUCCAGACGUGGCUCAAAGACCAGCUACCGAAAGCGUUUGAGGAAGAGCUCGUCAGCCAAGUGUCGGUCUCGCUCCAGAGCGCGCCAUGGGUUCGCGACGCGGCGGCAAUGCAAGCCGAGCUCGACUUGGCGCUGCUCCAAUCCAUCCGACGCCACGACGUCAAGCUUGUCCUCGACCGGAUCGCCAACCCGGUGGCCCACACGAUGGAGGUGAUGACGGGACUCAUCGACGUGGCAGUACAGCAGUGCUUUGUUCAAGUCUCGAACGAGUUGGUCGCCAGCAUCGAAUGUGCACUCGAGCGGGCCGCGCGCGUCGCUGCCAAGGCCGAGAGCCAACGUGGCGCUGCGUUCCUCGCCGAGUUGCGUGCUGCUCUCCUGAGCAGCCUCAAGCGCCGCGGUACAAGCUGCCUCAUCGAGAGUCUUCCACGCCCGAGCAGCGAUGUCUUCAGCUGCGAAAACCAGGACCCGCACCUGUUUGCCUCGGCCGAUGCGACAGUGCCCCGCCGACUUCUGCAGACUUUGAUGACGUGCAAGCGUCGCCUCCGUCCGUCGAACCAAGCCAGCGUGCCGAUUGCGACGUCAGUGCGUCAGCACAUCCACGAGGAAUCGUUUGGCAAUGCCAACGGCGUCGUGCCGCGCUGCGGGAAGCCGUGUCCGAUGUGCAAGUGCCCGUGCACCAAGGCGCUCGGCCACGUAUCGAGCGAGGACCGGAGCCACGACACGCACCACCAGCCCCAAGGUCUCGUCGGUACGUACGAGUACGAGCCACUGCACUACCUUGUCGUCGACAGCUGCCCCACCAGUGUCGAGAAAGACGCCGACAUCGUGUUCCGGGACGGCACCCGCCACCGGUACCGCGAGUUCGACAAGGCAUUUCCGGAUUGGGCCAUCCCGCACGCAACGCAGCCGCUGCCGCUGCGCGAGUUCAUUUUUGCCAAAUACCAGAAGCAGCUCGCAAACAAGUUCAAGCGCCCCGCAAGUAUUGCCAUCCCGCCGUCGUACCAACAUGGCCUCCGCAACCUCGAGCGCCAGAUUAGCUACGUCGCGCGGCCGGUGCAGACCCUCGGGACCUCGAGACCCGCCACGCGCCAAGCGACCCGCCGCGAAGCGUCGUCAUAG